AUGACUUCAUUCAAAAAAUUUAUUGGAAUCGCUUUGACCAUGACAAUCUGUUUCUUCGCUUCGUCUGACACAUUGCCCUACACGCAGCCGCACCCUAACCAUAAGGUUGUCUAUUGCUGUACACCGCCUCCUGGCUGGCAUGGGGAGGAGUAUAUUGAUUUGAGCGCAUGA